AUGCAUCAUGCCAACCAACAGGACUGGGUAGGUCUCCCUUCGGGUGCAUCUUACUCUUUGAGUUUACCCGCACAAGGAGAUCCAAAAAGUAUUGAACAGUGGCGCAAUCCAAUCGAGUUGGCUGCUCGAAAAUCAAAUGUACCUACAUCAGUUAUUGGUGGUGUGAUGCAUCAAGAAUCACGCGGACGUGAUACAGGACUCAUGGCUAAGUGGCCACAUGAAGAAAAUAUCUUGGCUGGUACUUGUUAUUCGAAAGAGAAUUACGACAAACUUGGUAGUUGA